GCAUCAACGACGAUAAUAUCAAGAUCCUGGUGUCAUUUUAUCCUUUGUGCAAUUCAUCCUUUUCAAUUGUUCUGUGACAACUUCAAGGACAUAAUCAAUUUAAUCAAAAUGUUUUCACAGAGAGCAACUCAACAAUCGCUGCGCCGGCUCGCUGCUGGCCAGCCAUCACUUAUCUCACAAUUGGCAAUGAGGAAACUCGCGGCACCUGCAGCUAUUGGCGCAUCAAUGCAAACUAGACCAGUAGCCACCCAAAAGUUAACCCCAAAAGAUAGCUACAACAUCCUCGUCGAGCAACGCAAACUCCGACCUGUCGCACCUCAUCUCACAAUCUACCAACCUCAAAUCCCUUGGAUUAUGUCUGGUCUCAACCGUAUUACUGGCUGUAUUCUUUCGGGAGGUUUCUACGUUUUCGGUGCUGCAUAUCUUGCUUCGCCUUUAUUUGGAUGGCACUUGGAUACUGCCAGUAUGGUGGCUGCGUUUGGAGCUUGGCCCCUGGCGGCAAAGUUUCUGGCCAAGUUCACAUUGGCCAUGCCAUUCACAUAUCAUUCUUUCAACGGAUUAAGACAUUUGGCUUGGGAUAUGGGAAAGACUUUCAAGAACGCUACAGUUGUUAAGACAGGAUGGACAGUUGUUGGUUUGAGCGUUGGUAGUGCUUUGGCGUUGGUUGCUUUCUUGUAGGUUAAGGUUGGGAGGGGCAAUUUGGAGGGCUUGUAAGAAGAACAAAUGAAGCAUGGGCAACAAACAUUGGUCUUUAUGAGGCACUUGCAGACAUAUGUUGAACAUUAAUCGUGUUACAUAUACGUUAAUGUCCUACUGGCCUGGGUUGCAUCAGUCACCAAGCUAACUUACGCGUUUGAAAUAAUAAAAGACAUAACCCCAAGAUCCCACCUUCAUCAGCAGUCAUUCUUUUUAGAGCCAUCCGUUCAGUAAGAUAAGAAUAGGGUACUAUCACAUUCAGAGUCCAGCGACCUAUACCAGGCAAUGAUAGCAUUGUCAAGUAGCAAUUGGGUUGUGAAAUUUGCCUCCCUCUCAAUAUUUCUGGAGACCAAUGGAGGCCCAUUCAACGUCAGAAGGCACAAUCCUGAGACCCAGACGUUUUGCAUCGUUCAAUAUAAUCUCGGGCGAGAACA